GAAGAACGUAUCUCGAUAAUUUAUCUAACAUAAAAAGCAACAUUUUUGCAAAAUGUCAUUGCACAUCAUGUUCACUUGCAACAUAUAAAAGCAAGAAGAAUUAACCUGCAAAUGACCAUAAACUAUACACCCCUUCAUCCGACUUUCGUGGCCGAGGCAUCGGGAGUCGACUUUGACAAUAUCACCCCCGAAGUUGUUGAGGAGAUCAAAAAAGGCCUGGCAAAGUAUGGGGUCUUGAUUUUCCGAAAGACAGGACUGAACGAUAAGAAACACGUUGAAAUGUCUAGCUUUUUUGGGGAGCUAGAUGACGUGAAACCUUACAACAAGUUGGGUCGUAUCAAUCGGCUUGCAUAUGACGAGCUAUUUGAUGUCAGUAACGUCGAUGCCGAAGGCAAUAUCUUUCAACCCACUGGACAAAGAGCUAUAAUCAAUCGAGGCAAUACAAUCUUCCACUGUGACUCGUCCUUCAAUCCCCGCCGAGCAGGUUAUUCAUUAUUGCUAGCUCAUGAACUGCCUCCUGCAGGGACAGGAGGAAACACCGAGUUUGCGGAUACUCGCACCGCCUAUGAUGAUCUUCCAGAAGAACGCAAAGAGACCAUCAAGGACUGGGUCCUUUGGCACUCACAGCAUCAUUCCAGACGUGUCGCGAAUCCUGGUGAACCUCUCCUGGAUCAGGAAAAGUUUCUUCCUACCAGCCAUCCUUUCGGAAAACAUAAAUUGGUCCAGGUUCACGAGCCCUCAGGACGCACAAAUUUGUAUAUUGCCAAUCACGCGUAUAAAAUCGAGUCGCUCCCACUUGAGCACGGUCAAGCAGAGAUCAAGACCUUGCUUGAUCACUGCAGUUCACCAAGAUAUGUCUGCUCCGUAGAGUGGAAAAAUGACGGGGAUCUUGUAAUCUGGGACAACACCUGCGUUAUGCAUCGAGCAGUGCCCGGCGCCUUCGAGGGCAAGUACAAAAGAGACAUGAGAAGGACAACGGUACACGACUCAAGCAGCUAUGCUUGGGGUUUGAAUACGGUUGGAGAUACUUGGCGUUCUGGAUUGCCUUGAAACGUCGAAGUCGUAAUGGAUGCAUGAAAUCUCAAUUCGUGAUGGUAUAC